CUCAGCCGCUGCUCCUCCUCCCUGCUCUCGAGCCCAGGCCAACGCUGCCUGUCGCACCUCGCGGGUGCUGAGGGGAGGGGGCUGCCGUCCUGCGGGCACUGACAAGGGUUGGGGGGGGACGGUGCGCCAGCGCGGCAGGCCUCGGGGAAGGAGCGGGGCGUCUCCGGCCCGCCGAGCGGUCACAAUGUCUGGCGUGGGAGUCGGCUCCUGUGGGGGGUCGGGCUCAGGGGCCUGUGGCGGGGCGGCGGCGGCGGCUUCCUCCUCUUCCUCCCCUGGUGGAGCCGCCGCUGCCGGCCUGUCGAUGUUCCGGUGGCUGGAGGUCCUGGAGAAGGAGUUCGACAAGGCGUUCGUGGACGUGGACUUGCUGCUGGGGGAGAUCGACCCCGACCAGGCGGACAUCACCUAUGAAGGGAGGCAGAAGAUGACCAGCCUGAGCUCCUGCUUCGCCCAGCUCUGCCACAAAGCGCAGACGGUCUCCCAGAUCAACCACAAGCUUGAGGCACAGCUGGUGGACCUGAAGUCGGAACUGACAGAAACACGGGCUGAAAAGGCAGUAUUAGAAAAAGAGGUGCACGAUCAGCUACUACAACUCCAUGCCAUCCAACUUCAGCUCCAUGCCAAAACUGGCCAGAAUGUUGACUCAGGGGCAAUAAAAGCAAAGUUGUCUGCCCCUUCUGUGGAGGAUAUGGAGAGAGAACUGGAAGCCAACAAGAAAGAAAAGGUGAAAGAAGCUCAACUUGAAGCUGAGGUGAAGCUGCUUAGGAAGGAAAAUGAGGCACUUCGUCGACACAUAGCUGUGCUGCAGGCUGAAGUAUAUGGAGCAAGGCUCGCAGCCAAAUACUUAGAUAAAGAGCUAGCCGGAAGGGUUCAGCAAAUUCAGUUGCUAGGCAGAGAUAUGAAAGGACCUGCUCACGAUAAACUCUGGAACCAGCUAGAAGCUGAAAUUCAUCUGCACCGACACAAAACUGUGAUCAGGGCAUGUCGUGGUCGUAAUGACCUAAAGCGACCCAUGCAAGCACCCCCAGGACAUGAUCCAGAUUCCCUAAAGAAGAGUCAAGGUGUUGGUCCAAUCAGAAAAGUUCUGUUGGUUAAAGAAGAUCAUGAAGGACUGGGCAUUUCAAUUACAGGUGGAAAGGAGCAUGGUGUUCCCAUCCUCAUCUCUGAAAUUCACCCAGGUCAGCCUGCUGAUCGAUGUGGAGGUCUGCAUGUUGGAGAUGCCAUUUUAGCAGUAAAUGGAGUUAAUUUGAGAGAUGCCAAACAUAAAGAAGCUGUAACCAUUCUUUCCCAGCAGAGAGGAGAAAUUGAGUUUGAAGUUGUGUACGUUGCUCCAGAAGUAGAUUCAGAUGAUGAAAAUGUAGAAUAUGAGGAUGAGAGUGGACAUCGUUAUCGUUUGUAUCUUGACGAAUUGGAGGAAGGUGGAAAUUCUGCUUCCAGUAGAAAAGAUGGAAGUGGAGAUGUCAAACAAUUGCAAGUGUUUAAUAAGAAAGCAAGUAUUGAUGGUCAUGAAAAUGGAGAUCUAGGAAAUUCAAUUGAAACAGAAGAGACUGUAUCUAAACUAGACCAGUCUGCUGAGACCUUAGCCUAAAACACCCCUAAAUCAUCAGUGGGACUGGUCCCUUCCUCAAGACGGGUUGUCUAGACUGUUCUGCAUUCUAAAUGCCACAGAAAAUUAUAAAAGACUAUUAAAAGGAUAAAGAAAAGCUGUGUUACUAUUGCCUGGAAAAAAAAAACCCUGUUCUGUUGGUUACCUCAGGACUUCAUUAUGAGCAAAUCUAAAUGUGUAAAAUUUCACAUUUUUCUAAGAAGUUGCAUGUCCAGUUGAUUUCCCUUGAAUUAUAAGCACCAAAGCAUGUUGUUUCCAAAGGUUUUUCUUGAAUUUAACUUUGGAUCUUGUUCAUGAUAAAAGGGAUAGACUAAAGCAGAAAAAAAUUGACACUUGGGUCCUCUCUAAGAGUAGAAGCAGAAACUUGGCAUUCAUUUGCUAGUGAAAUAGAUGUUAAUAUACAAGGGGGAUAUGAUUUCUCAGUGGCGUAUUCCUGACUUAUCUUGUUAGUUCUUUUAAAGUGCAUCUUGUAAAAAGGUAAACAGCAAAGCCAUUUAAGAUUUUCGCAAUAUACAAAAAUAAGUUUGGUUUUAAAACAUACGCCUACAAAACAUUUUCGCUGUUAAAAUAUUUAUUGUGAAGUCAAAUCUCUGAAUUGGAUCCUAGUGAUCUGUUUGUUCAUGAGAUUUUUUUCAGCAUUAUUUAAUGCAGUAUAUAUAUAUAAAAUAUAUAUUUCUUUAAACUUUCUUGCUGGAAUUAAAAUAUUCUCCAAAGGUAUUAAACAGAAUACUGUUAAUUUUUAAAUGCAAAAUAAGUGUAAAAUUGGCUUCUUGGAAUUAUGUCUGCCCUUUGAGUGUUGUAUGCUACACAUACAGUUGAUAUCACUGGGUGGCUUCCAUUCUAUCUGAGCUGUGUUAGGUUGGAUUUAGAUGGCUAUUCCACCUACUCCACAGUAUGUUUUACAGUUACCAGACAAUGCCAUCUGUGUGACCCUGGUUUGUCUGAAGGAGACUUACAGUUCUGUGACACUUCUGACAAUCUGCAAAAAUCUGACUCAUUCAGAGUAUGGUAGCACAAGAGUCUAUCAUGCAUUUGUUCCUUUGAACAACCCAUUUUCACAUAUGUCCUGUCCUCAUAAUGGGUGACUGCAAAGGUUGCUGUGCGUUGGGAUGGAUAUGUCCCUCUAAAUGCAUUCCAAGAAGUAUACUAAAAUAUUGGGAUAUUCUUUAUAAGCAAGAUUUUAUGUGAGAAAGGCUAAGGAUGGCAAUUCAGACUUAAGAUUGGAGGGUGGUGUUGGUUACACGGUAAGCAUUAAAUCUUCAUUUCUUGCAGUAUGGUAAGGCAGCGUGAAAGCAAUUGACCACAUAAUCACUUAACCACAUGAAGUUCCAGUUGCCUCUCAUGUGUUAAAUAAUCUGUAGGCAACUAGAACUCCACAUGAUUAGAUCCAUUGUGGGAAACGUUCUUUAGUUAUGAUUGUGUAAUAGGAAUCAUUGUGUCCAACCAGAAAUUAAGUCCUUGCCAUGCCAUCAGUUACCCAUACCGUGCUACAUUGAGAGGAUUGUGUCAAAUGGCCCUUAACAAAUGGCUAUCGAAUACAUCCUGUAUUUUGCCAUGAGACACUCAAGACAGUGCAGGAUCAGGUACCAAAUUUGUUACAGUAUAAUAGCCCUAGUACUUUACAGAACUAUAUUUUUUUAAAAUCCCAAAUGUGCAAAAUGGUUGCACAUCUGAAGAUCCAAGGCAUUUUUAGAGUGCAUUGAUAUUAAGAGGGUUGUCUUGGCUAGGUGGUGGUUCUCUUAUGUGUAUGUAAAUAUAUGUAUGUAUGUAUCUUAAUAGAACACACACACUCCAUAUGCAAACAGUUAAAAACCAUGUAAUAGCUUUUAUUAUAGGAUAAAGCAUGAAACUCCUGUUCUCCAUUCAUUGUUCUGCAGGCCAUUAAACUGUAAUAUGUAAAGAUGUAUUUUGAGAGUGCAAAUAAUGUAAAAUGACAGCUUUGUAAGUGUUUUUUAUAGAAUGUACAUAAACUGAGAGCAAGUGAAAGGCCUUUAGCGUAAUGUCAGUUAACCUAAUGUUUAAUGUUAAAAAACAUUCUGUUGUAGAACACAGGUAAAUUUGUCUCUCCUAGGUGCACUAUAUAUAUGUUUAUAGAGAGAUCUUUAAAAUGUAAAUACUUUAUGCAAAGAUUUUGCUAUUUAUAGAUUCUUUAACUGUUGCUUAUAAAAUAAUUUUUGUGUGUCAUUCCACUCAUGGAACUGUAUUUCGUUUGCAGUAAAAUUUUAUAGCUGCUCCUUUAAUACCGUAUAUUAAAGUAAGUUUAACCAUGAUACUGCCUCCAUUAAAAGCCCAAUAUUUGAAGCAAGCAAUGAAAUUGGAAAGGCUGCAUUUCCUAUGGCUCAUGAAUGUGGCUUUGCCUUGCCAUAUGAAGCUAUUAAGCAACACAUGACAUUUUGCAAAAGCAUUCCCUAUAUAUUGUUGUUCAUUAGGAAAUCUGAAGUCCUGCAUGUUGGGCCUUGAUAUGGGCAGCAACAUGGAGGGUUGGCAUAGGAGCCAAGGGUUCUCGCAUAUGCCUCUUUGUGCCAGUUGGACACGUGCAGAAGAAAUUAAUCAUUACCCCCCCUUUUUAGAAUGAAACCUUUUCAAUGUUUGCUCUAUUUGGCACUAAUUUAUAGUAUGUUGCAUUUUAAUCUAUCCAAAAAAGGAGCCUUGUAUUUUUCCUACAUCCCUUGUUAACAGUAAUCCAGAGAUCCUACAUGUGAGAGAAUGUUGUAUUCUGCUCUCAAGCCCCAGAAGCAUGUUCUUUGCUCAGUAUACUCUUGUUCUGUCUAAAGUGAUAAAAAUGCAGAAGUUCUUUACUGCAUUUGCACAACUUCACUAUUUAUUAAAAUUAGGCUUCUGUUGAACACUGUUUGCUGGUACUGCUUUGUUCUCUGACGGUAUCACCGCAUACAAGUCAUUAUGAUCGGCACUGAAAAAUACCUGCAGAGAAACUCCCUCAGACACCUUCAAUCAUAAUUUUUCUAGUCACUUUGGACUUCUGAAAUACUUCUCUGAUGCUAUUGUGAAUUACUGCUAGUGCACUGAUACUUGAUUAACCAUGCAGCCUUCCAGACUGGCAAUGGUAACAUGCUGGGCUAGUCAGACACGGUUUGUAAUUAUGUUUUUUUCCUGCACUGUCAAUAAAAUACUCAUCCUGCUGCUUCCAAAGGGUGGAUGAGUCAGACUUGAGGGGCCUUCAGGUAAAAUCCAUUCUUAUUUUCUGUUGUGUAGAGUUUAUACAAUACAAACUGUUAUGACAUUUUAAGAACGUUUGUAUUCAUGAAGCUAUCAAAACUAUUUUUUUGCAGCUUUUAAAGAUGGCAGAACCUAAACAAGAAGUAAGAUAGCUGGAACACUAGAUUUCCAAUGUUUGAAAGCAACAACUGAAUCUUGGUGAAAUGUAGGGCUGAAUCUGUAGUUGGCAUUUCAUUGAACAGAAGUCCAUUUUCUGCAUUGUGGUUGCCUUGCACCACGCUUGAGCCAACAUAUCGCAAUAUACAAGUCUAUCAGAAUACUAUGCAACAUUUUGCAAUUUCCAGUUUUUUGUUGUAUAGUCUUUGCUAGGUACUCUUUAAUGUUAUGUUGGCCUCAGAUCUGCAGAAGUUACAACAACUUUGCAACUUAUUCUAUUUAUGAUGAGUUAGAUUAUGUUUUAUUAGCCUGUAAAUAAAGUU